AUGGAUAAGGUGUACAUCUCAUAUAAGCUGUCAAGUAAGGUGAUCGACCGGAAACAGAAAUGGUUUUACGUUGGGAACCAUAACACCGCGCUGCUAGAGAUUACCCCUGGACCCCCGACCGUCAGGCCAGAAUGGAAUAUGGGUCCAGUGGAUGAUAGCCAAAUCCAAGAUCUACUCAAGUGGAUUGAGGAUUUAAAGAAGGAGAAAAUGUCCAGAGCGGCUGUAGUGAUGGACUGGAUGAAGCGAAGAAUCCAGUCGCUACAGUACCGGGUCAAGCCUGGAUUUGAGUAUCUUGGAACUAGUGAUCCAUCCCGCUAUUCGAUUGCAGAGAUUUCCGAGAAAGACGCUCUGCAUCAAACAGUGACUCUGAUAAGGAAACUGGCCAUGCAGACACUGAAGGAACGACAUGAGGUGGAGGCAGAGUUGCUUUUUGCUGCUUGCUUCUUUUCUUUUAGCCCGGCGAGCACGACCCCGAAGGUUGCAGCAUCUGGGGAUGAUGCCAGGUCGGGAGCAAUUGUCUCCCCUGACCUAGUGGACCCGUCAAGAGAGACCAGGACCAUUCCGCCAGAUUCUUCUGCUCUGGGGAGUGGUCCCGAGAAGAUAAUGACUCCAGGCUCUCGUGCUUUGGGAGGUACAGGAGCUUCCCCCACCCAGCAGGAUGUUCCUACGGGGGAGAAGAAGAAUGCCAGCCCCCAGGAAGGGCAAGGGAUUGGGACCACCGGAGUCUCGACGACGUCGAGUACAAUGGUGGUCCAUCCGGUCCCGAAGCUGAUGAAGAGGGGAAAACUGCCUAUCAAGAGGGUGCCCCUCAAAGCGGACUUUUGGAUGGGAGGUGCUCCUGAUUCUACACCUUCAGCUCCCAAGCCUGUGGCAGAGGCGCCCAAGGACAUGCCGCUCGCCGACACCAAGGCCAUCGAUGAUAUGGUCAGUUCCUUUGUUAGGGAUUCUCCUAUCAAGGAGACAGCAGAAUCCCCUUCCAAAGGGGAUAACCAAGCUCCAGCAACUGAUAAUCCCUCAGGUCCAAUACUCCAAGAAGUGCCCGCAGGGCAGAUCGUCAAGGAUGCUGGGCCCAAGGGAGCGGAGAUGACCUCGCUGGCAGUGGGAGAAGAUGCUUCAACUGCUCCUGCACAGAAUACACCACUGCCAGCAGAAAAGAUUAAAUUUGUACAGGAAAACAUGGCGAAAUGCCAAAAACGUGUACAAGGUCAGAUGACUGAGUGCCAGAAGCUUCUGGUGGACAUGGCCGAGCAUGAGAAUGUUAAGGUCCAAGAAAACCAAGAAGUUUGCCUCCUGCGAGAACAGGGUGCCAAACUCGCGGGGGAGAAGGAAGCUCUCGAAGAGAGGGUUACGUCUCAGCUGGCAAAGCAUAAAGACUGCUAUACGUAACAGAGAGAUGAGAUCGAAAAGCUGUAGAAAAUGAAACAAGACUUCGAUGUUCAGCUCGUUGAGAUGAUGCAGCAAAUCAAGGAUCUAUCUAAAUCAAAAUCUCUUUUGCAACCAGAACUCGACGAGCUGAAGAAGGCCGCUGCUCAAGCGGUUGUCGACAUGGUGGACACUUCUGAGGAGGAUGCUGGAACACCGCUGACCCUGCUAGAGGGUCUGCAAAGAGCUCCACAAAGCAUCAUGAAGUACCUCUCGGACACCAUUUGACAGUACGUGUCUCAUGUGCUUGGUUGGUGAAGUCCUACUAGCCCCAGGCAAACUUUGCCCCCCUCGGAGAUGGUAUGAGUCCAGACUGCUAUGAGGACAAGUUCGACGAGUUCCUAGGGGAGGUCAAGCUAGUAGCCGAUGUAAUCGUCGACAGCCUAGAGCAAGAGUCUUGAACUCAUUAGUGUUUAAUGUGGUACCAUGCUGUAUGUCAGAUACAAUUUGGUCAUCUGUGCCACAAAUGAGUUUUGACAUGUACAAAUUUAUGUUGCUUUGUACUUAGUCGUAA